AUGUUUUUGAAGGCGGGCAGAGGGAAAAACAUAACACCAGUGAGUGUAGAUGGGCUGGACUGUGUAGUUAUGGAGCCCCCUUUGAGCAAGAGGAACCCGACACUGAGAUUAGCGGAUUUGGCAGCGGCUCAACCCCAUCCUCAUCAGACUAUGACAGGCUUCCCGGGGCUGGGGAGCCACCACCUCCACUCCCACCCCGCCGCUCACCUCCACCCUGGGGAGAUGGGGAGUGACCCCGGCGUGGCCCUCACGCCAUUCGGACCCGAGCACAUGGCCCAAGCGAGCGUCCUCAAACUCAGCCCCUCGCCGCAUCCCGAGGCGCAGACAGCGGCCGCCUUUGCCUCGCCGGCCGCCCAGAGCGGCGCCGCCGCCGCCGCUGUCAGCAGCUACCCGGCCGGCGCGGCUCCCCCGGCUCCCCACCCGGGCUACGCCGCCAGCAGCGCCGGCACCAGCAGCGCCAGGGACUUCAUCCUGCGGAGGGAGCUGCCCGGCGCGGCCAUGCACGGGGCGCUGGGGGAGCCGCACCCCGCGGCCAGCUCCCCGCACCCCCACCACGGCGUGUUCAUCUCCGCCGCCGGCACCUACGGCCCGUCGGACGGGGCCGCGGCCCACCCGGGCUUCCCGGCGCUGCACGAGCAGCCGGCCCCCGGCGGCCACCACCCGCUGAACGGCCAGAUGCGCCUGGGGCUGGCGGCCGCGGAGCUGUACGGCCGGGCCGAGCCCUACGGGGCCGCCUCCUCGCUGCACGGCUACGGCUCCCUGGGCCUGAACGUCAACCUGGCGGCCGCCAGCCACGGGCACCACCCGGCCCCCCACCACCACCCGGGGGCGGCGGCGGCGGCCUUCCUGCGGUACAUGCGGCAGCCCAUCAAGCAGGAGCUGAUCUGCAAGUGGCUGGAGCAGGAGCCGCCGCCCAGCGCCGCCGGGCAGCCCUGCUCGAAAACUUUCAGCACCAUGCACGAGCUGGUGAACCAUGUCACCGUGGAGCACGUCGGCGGGCCGGAGCAGAGCAGCCACGUGUGCUACUGGGAGGAGUGUCCCCGGGAAGGGAAACCUUUCAAGGCCAAGUACAAACUGAUCAACCACAUCCGCGUGCACACCGGGGAGAAGCCCUUCCCCUGCCCCUUCCCGGGCUGCGGCAAGGUCUUCGCCCGCUCCGAGAACCUCAAGAUUCACAAGCGCACUCAUACAGGAGAGAAGCCUUUUAAAUGUGAAUUUGAUGGCUGCGACAGGAAGUUUGCCAAUAGCAGUGACAGAAAGAAACACUCCCACGUCCACACGAGUGAUAAGCCAUAUUACUGCAAAGUCAGAGGCUGUGAUAAAUCUUACACGCAUCCCAGCUCUUUAAGAAAACACAUGAAGAUACACUGCAAGUCUCCACCACUUUCUCCUACACCUGGAUCUCACGGUUAUCAGUCUGCAGGAACCCCCCUAGGUGCUCCCCUGUCUCCUGCCCAGGACUCAGCCAGGGGCCGCUCUGCCAAUCUUUCCCCUCAGGUCACCAACCUCAAUGAGUGGUAUGUCUGUCAGGCCAGUGGGGCUUCUAAUAACCUUCAUACACCUUCCAGCAAUGUAACAUCCUCUGAAUCUGAAGAUGAAGAGGCUUAUAGAAACUCUGAUACCAGAACUAUCCAUUAG